CCAAAUCAAUCAAUGGAUGAUUUAUCUAUUUUACACAAAUCUAUACCAACAAGUAUUGUUGGCUUUCGACAAAUUAAAAAUGCUUAUGAAUCGGCAACUGACGAAGUAAGAAAUUUACUUUCGAAUGAAUGCGAUUUCAUUUAUGAAUGCCGUGUAUGCAGAAAUAUGUUUCGCAGCUUGGCAAAUUUUUUAUCUCAUAAAAGAAUUUAUUGCAAACAGAAGUUCAAUACUACACUGCAUGCUCAUUUUAUUGCAACAUCAUUUUUGGAUGGUGACACCACAAAUGUUUAUGCUAAUAAUAAUAAUAAUAAUGAAGAGUGCAGUUCAAAGGCUAAUCUAAAUAAUACUAAAAAGGACUUAACAAGUAUAAUACAUAAAUUGGGACAACAAGUUAAUAAAAGAAAAUUAGGUUUAUUAGAUUAUUAUAAUGAAAUGAGUUAUCGUGUUGAACAACAAGAUGCUUUAACAUCCGAACAUGGAAUUAGACUUGAUAAAAUAGAUAGUAAUAAAUCUGCAGUUUAUCAAACAAUAGUGAAAAAGGAUGAUUGUGAUACAAAUAAUGAAUUUAUAUUGGAUGAGGUUAUCGAAUUACAUGAUAUGCUGUGGAAAGAUAAUGCUGUGUUGGGGCCUGAUGGAAAAUUGCUAGCACUUGACUCAUCUGGUCAAAUAAUAUCACCAAAGUGUAUUACCUCGAAAUUUUCUGAUGAAGAAGAUGAAGUCUUGAAAUGUGAUAUAUGUUGUUUAGAAUUCAAAACAAGAAAAACUCUGCUUUAUCACAUUAAAGUGCGACAUUCCACUUCUCAUAUGCAUUAUCCUUGUCCAAGUUGCAAUAAUAUUUUUCCAACUGCUGGAUCUGUAUAUAAGCAUUUAUGCAAAGUACAUAAUAAUACUAUGAUAACGGUGAGAAAACUUCGAGAUCAAAUACUAAAUAAAGGCUUUACUAUGGAUAACGCAUCAAAGAGAAUGUUAAAUCGGAUGAGUAAACAAGGGGAAAAUGCUGCUAUAAAAUCAGAAGUGCAGGAUGAAAAUGAAACAUGGAUGUAUGAUCUAGAACUUGAUGGUGAUGCUCUUUGUUGUACAGGGUGCAGUCGAAAGUUUGAACGAAAGGCAGCUUUAACUUCACACCAAUUAAUAUGCAAAAGUCGUGCACAAUUGCAAAGCAAACAGAUGUUGAAUCUUAUAAAAAAGACUGAUGAAAAUGGAACUGAAAAACCUCAGAAAACCUCAAGAAAAACCAAAGCACCAUCUAAAAAAGUAAAACCUAUUAAAAUUGAAACACAAAGUUCUGUAGAAACUGGUGUUGAAAAUCUAACCAGGAGUGAUGAUUCACAUGAAUCCUCAGAGAUAGAAAAUGAAUUAAAUAAAGUUGAAAAAUCAAAAGUAAAUAAGAAUGAACUGGUGUUUGAUCCAGAUGCCAAUAACGAUAUUAAGAAAAAUCGACGAAAACGCGCACUUACCACUAAAAUAAUUGAUAAAACGAAAGAAAAUUUUAAUGAUUUGUAUUGGGAAAUCAAUAAUCAAGGAUCAUUGGAUGUUAAGCGUCCAAAAAUUGAGUCAAAUGAGGAAGAAGAAAUGAAAAGAAAAAUGUUUUCUCUGAUAAAUGAAAAACAAAUGCAAUGCAUACCUUGUAAAAGAGUUUUUCCAUCAAUGACUAAUCUUAAAAGACAUAUUGCGUUGCAUAUGAAAUGGAAAAGAUUUCAAUGUGGCCUCUGCUGUGCUCAAUUUUAUCAUCGUAGUGAAUGUGUGUAUCACUUAGGACGAUCUCACAACAUGAUGGGUGACAAAAUAUUUGCAGACACCUUGAUUAUUCCAAUUCAACAUAAGGACUCUGAAAGUUGUUUAGAUAAAGAAGUAAAUAAUGCCGAUGAAGAAAUAAUAAACAAAAGCUUAGAAAAUAAAAUUAAGCAACCAGAUGAUAUGACUAAAGAUAAUAUUGAUUUGGCAAUUGAGGAUGUUAUUUUUAAAUAUACAGACAUGGAAAUUAUUCCUAAGGAACAAGCAACUCAUGAUGAUGUUGAAAAUAAUAUUUCUAAUAAAUUUGACAGUAAUGAAUUUACUAAUAGAGAUGAAAUCCAUUCUGCAUCAUCUCAGGAAAUUAUGGAUGAAACUACAGAUUUAGCCCCUGUUAAAAAACGCGGUCGCCCUAAAUUAUCCGUACAAUUAGAUAAGAUGAUUAAUGAUGAGGAUGAUAAUCGUGAGAAAAGGGGCAGAGGUAGACCGAGAGGAAGUAUUAAUAAAGAGAAAAAGAGAAAAGUUAAGAAAAGAAGAAAUUCUGUAGAAAGUCCUUCAUCUCAAGAACCAAAUGCACAACCACAAGAUCCUGAAAAAAUGAGAAAGAUGGUGCUAGAAGUUAUAUUUGGUGGCGAAAAAACUGAUGAUAAACCUGAGGAAACAGUAAUGAUUAAAAACGAGCAACUUUCCUCACCGGAUACUGAUGUCAGUUGUGCUUCCACAGACUUUGAGAUUAAAACUAAAAUUGAUAAUACUACUGACAGGCGUAACAAUAGGCCUGUGAGGAAUCGGGUAAAAGUAGUCAACAAAGACUUUGUUUAUGAUCUAUCUGAUCUUUUAAAAAAAGAAGCUGAAGCAUAUAAGGAAAACCAAUAUACAUCCGCAUGUAAUAAAUUUAAAAAAAAAUCUAACUCAGUUUCACAGCUAGAAAAUUCGAAUAUAAAAUUAAAUGAUAAUUUAAAUUAUGAAAAUGAUAAUAUUAUAUCUGAAUCCAUUACACCAUGUAUAAAUCCUACUACACCAUUAGAGAAAAUAGAGCAUUACGAACAGAAAGAUCAGGUGAUUGAUGAACCAGUAAGUAUCAUGGAUCAAAGCUUGAAAAAAAAGAGUGUUUCAGGUAAGAACUUUAAUAAAGAAAAUAUAGUAAUAUCUACAGAAGGAAUAGAAUUCAAACCUCAAGAUAUCUAUAAAGCUGACGGUUCUGUGGAUGAUAUUACAGUAAUUCCUAUCAAUGUCACAAAUAAUAGCAUCGAAGAUGAUGAUGAAUCUAGUUCAAGUUCUGAUGAUGAAAUGCCUAGAUUAGAAGUUAAUACAAUGCACGAUAGUAAUGAUGAAAAUCAAAAUGAUUCUCUUGAAACAAGUGAAUCUGAUUCAAGCAGUGACUCUGAUAGUUCUUGUCCUGAUAUUACUGAAAACACUUAUAAAUUAGAUGGUUCCCCUCCAACCAUUCAGUAUGUGAAUUCUAGUUCAUCAAAAAAUGUUUUUAAAAUACAGCAAAAUAAUGCUGAAAUUCCUAAUCAGGUUAAUAAAGUAUAUAUAAGAAGACCUACCGGUAAUUUACAGGAAGUUGUAUUCGAGUCUCCUGAAAGUAAUGAACAUGUUUAUCAGCCACUAGUGAAUGGUGUAACGAGUUCUAAUUAUAGCCUUGAAUAUUCAAACGAUAAUGGCACAGAAUCUGUCCCUCUGGAAUGUGAUUCUACUCUUGAAGAGAGUAGCUCCGAAGAUGACUCAUAUGAUAGUGAUAACUAA